AUGGAGCCAAGAGAGAGUGAUAUAGCCAAGUAUAAGCGAGAGCUGGAAGGAAUUGAGAGAAUGAAAAACUAUUAUAGCAGAAUAUUCCCAGAGUGUGACGAGAUUAUAGAUGCAUUGAAAGAGCCACUUCCCAGCACAUUCCGGGUUACUCCUGGGCCAUGGUCGGACAUUCUUCAACAAGAGCUUAAAGACUAUAAGCUUAUUAAAAAAAUGCCGUGGGGAGAUGGAAUAUACGAAAUAAGCGGGCUAUCAAGAAAGAAUCUAUCUAGCAGAGGAAUACGAGAGAAUGCAAAUGGGUUAGAUGAAAUCGAGCUGCAGAAAACCCACAUGUUUUUAAAGACGCAUUCUGGGACAUCUUCAAUCACCAGGCAGGAGGCAGUUUCUAUGCUUCCUGUGUUUGCGCUGGAUGUAAAGUCUGAUUCAAUCGUACUGGACAUGUGUGCAUCCCCUGGGUCUAAAUCAUCGCAGAUAUUAGAAGUACUGGGAGAAGACAGCACUCUUAUAUGCAAUGACGUUAACUCACGGCGAGUAGCCCAGUUGAUCAAGCAGACUAAGAGAUUUAUGCAUCCUGGUCUAGUUAUAACAUGCAAUGAUGCAACUGUGUAUCCUCGGUGCGGAAUUACACCAAACAGAAUACUGUGCGAUGUACCUUGCUCGGGGGACGGAACAAUUCGAAAGAAUCGGCAUAUUUUUCAAAAGUGGGGUGUGAAAGAGUUUAUAGGCCUAUAUACUGUUCAGAAGAAAAUCUUAAAGCGUGGGAUAGACAUGCUUGAAGAGGGUGGUGUUCUAGUUUACUCAACCUGUUCCUUAAACCCCGUGGAGAAUGAAGUUGUGCUGCUGAGUGUUUUAGAAGAGCGGCCAGAUGUGGAAAUACUUCCAUUUGAUGUAGAAGGGUUAAAUAUGCGAGAAGGGCUAAGUGAAGAAAAAAUCAUGGCUGCAAUAGAGUACCCAGAGCUUGAAUCAAGAAUACCCAAGUGCCAGUAUAGAGAAGACAUAAAAAACGCCAGAAGAAUACUGCCGAUGGAUCAAAAUACAGGAGGUUUCUUUAUAGCAAAGAUUCUGAAAAAAAGAAAGAAUGGCAAGACAUCACUGCACACAGUAGAGCCAACACCAGAAGUGAUAGAAAGCAGAACCGGCGUGAUCCGAGGAGAAAAGAACAUUGAUGAGUCAUACUUCUACUGGCUGGACCCUGAAAGAAAGCGUGCCAUAGAAGAGCAGUGGGGAGAAAACAGGCUGACACUAGUGGCAAAAACAGAAUUUUUUAAAAACGUGUAUGGUAUAACUGACACUUCACUACAGGUUCUUAUGCAUGCCCCCCAAACACUUAGGAUAGUAUUUGCUGGGUGCAGGCUUUUCUCCGUCUUUGGCAGAGAGGACAAGGAGAAUAUUAAAAACAAUCGAUGGAGAAUAACAUAUGAGGGAAUAAAGAACCACACAAUCCCAAAGGAAAAAAUAAUAAGUGUAAGCACAGAGAGACUGCUUGGUAUUCUUUUAAAAAGAACAGAUGAGGAAAUCCAAACAAAGUACAAGAAGGGCAUAUUUGUUCUCACCGCGCGCGAGCCAAUUAUUCAGGUUACUGUUCCAUUCACAUUCAAUCAGAAUGAGAUAGAAAUACUUGUUGAAAAAGAUCAGAAAGAAGCACUAAUAGAAGCGCUAAAACUUAUUUAUAGAAGUGCAUAAGCAACCACAGUGUUUAAUAACAAUAAAUAAUAUAUGAACAGCACA